UGGAAAAAUGUUAGGAAAUUAUAGGUGCCUGUUUAUAGAAAGACUAGAAAAAUGGAUUGCUUUGGAAAUCAUAGCUAUGUAAACGAUAAAGGAUAGUCAAUUUUGUUUAAUUACAUAUUGAUUUGAAAUGGAGAAGAAAGUGUUACUUCAUUGUUUAAGUUAAAUAAAAGUUUAAAGGGAUAUAAAAUUCUUCACAACAAACCGUCAAGAUGCCGGGUGCCAAGCGAGGACUUGUAGCACCUCAGAACACCUUUUUAGAAAACAUAAUCCGCAGAUUCAGUGGCCAACAAGACUCCUCACCGUCCUCACAGAAACGUUCAGAUUCAAGCUUCAUCUUGGCAAAUGCUCGGAUCGUGGACUAUCCAACCGUGUACUGUAACGAUGGCUUCUGCAAGUUGUCUGGCUACAACCGCGCGGAAGUCAUGCAGAAGAGCAGCACGUGCAGUUUCAUGUACGGUGACCUCACUGACAAGGCAACCAUCAAAAAACUCGAGGAGGCGUUCGAAAAUCUCAGACAGGAGCAAGUCGAGAUACUCCUGUAUAAGAAAAACAGAUCUCCUCUGUGGUUAUUGCUCAACAUGGCUCCUAUCCGGAACGAAAAGGAUCAGGUUAUUCUCAUCCUAUGUACCUUCAAAGACAUCACAGCCCUUAAACAGCCAAUAGAGGACGAAAAUGCAAGAGGCAUGAGCAAGUUCGCGCGACUGGCGCGCUCGGUGACCCGGAACCGAUCCACGAUUCUCCAGUUUUCCUCGAGCAUUCCCAGCAUGAAAUUCGAGACCUCCCGCCCUUCACAGAUAGCUAACAUGAUGAACCUGAACGCCGAGGUGUUACCACAGUACCGGCUGGAGGCCCCCAAGACCCCGCCCCACAUCAUUCUUCACUACUGCCUCUUCAAGACCAUCUGGGAUUGGGUGAUACUCGUCCUCACCUUCUACACAGCAGUCACCGUGCCCUUCAACACCGCCUUCCGGGGCAAGAACCUCGACCAGGUGCCCCUACUGGUAAUGGACAGCAUGGUGGAUGUGGUCUUCUUUGUCGACAUCGUGCUCAACUUCCACACGACCUUCGUGGGGGCCAGUGGUGAGGUCAUAUCCGACCCCAAAAUAAUCAGGAUGAAUUACCUGAAGUCCUGGUUUGUCAUCGAUCUACUCUCAUGUCUCCCUUAUGACGUCUUCAACGCCUUCCAGGACGUCGAUGAAGGUAUCAGCACGUUAUUCAGCGCACUGAAAGUAGUCCGUCUCCUGCGAUUGGGCCGAGUAGUCCGCAAGUUGGAUCACUACCUGGAAUACGGGGCGGCGAUGCUGGUCAUGUUAAUACUCGUCUUCUGUCUGUUUGCCCACUGGUUUGCUUGUAUCUGGUACAGCGUGGGCAAUACUGAGAUAAAAGCGGGCAUCUCGUAUGGAUGGCUCUCUGUGCUCUCGAAUGUCACGGGCGAGAAAUAUUACUUCACAAACACUAGUGAUGAGAUAUUUGGUGGGCCCGGAAAGGGGAUGAAGUACCUUAGUGCCCUCUAUUUCACCCUCUCCUGUAUGACUGGAGUCGGUUUUGGGAACGUGUCGGCAGCCACGGAGUCCGAAAAGCUCUUCUCUGUGUUCCUCAUGAUCAUCGGGUCACUGUUGUACGCUACCAUCUUCUCCAACGUGACCACGAUAUUCCAACAGUUCUACGCGAGUUUUGCACGUUACCAUGACAUGUUGAACAGUGUGAGGGAGUUCAUGAAGCUACACGACGUGCCCAAGUCCCUGAGCGAGCGAGUCAUGGACUAUAUCGUGUCCACCUGGGCAAUUACCAAGGGCAUUGAUGCUGCAAAGGUGUUGAACUAUUGUCCGAAGGACAUGAAGGCAGACCUGUGCGUACACCUGAACCGAAAGGUGUUCCUAGAGCACCCAGCGUUCCGCCUGGCCAGUGACGGCUGCCUGCGCGCCCUCGCCAUGCACUUCACCAUGACACACAGCGCACCCGGCGACCUUAUCUUUCACCAGGGAGAGUCCCUGGAUGCUCUUUGUUUCGUCAUUUCCGGUUCUCUUGAAGUCAUACAGGACGACGAGGUCGUGGCGAUUCUAAGUAAAGGUGACGUUUUCGGUGACAAUUUCUGGAAAGAGGGAACAUACGGCCAGUCGACGGCAAACGUUCGAGCGUUAACGUACUGCGACCUGCACACCAUAAAGCGGGAACGUCUACUGGAGGUGCUCGAGUUCUAUCACGCCUUCGCCAAUUCCUUCGCGCGGAAUCUCACACUGACAUAUAAUUUGAGACAUAGAAUAAUCUUCAGAAAGGUUGCUGACGUCAAAAAAGAGAAGGAACUUGCGGAAAAGCGUAAGAAUGACCCGCCCUUGGAAUUGUCCAAUGACCAUCCGGUCAGAAAACUUAUAUCUCGCUUCAGAAAGAUGGGCGACACUAAAGGCGGAGGCGUCAGUGACCUUGAAAAGGGUGGGCCUAAAGUGUUUACAGGGGGUGAAAGGCCAAGUAGUGGAACAACGAAAGUUAUUAAUGUUAGUGAAAACCCAAAUUCAAGUGUUGUGAAUAGCUUUACUAAAAUUGGAGGCGGGGCCUCAAAAUGGGGUAAAAUACUUGGUAACAGUAGUGGAAGUGGUGGUGGCGGCGUCGGUGAAAUAAAAAGCAAUAAUGUAACGGCAUAUAAACUUCCCGAAACCAGUGCACAAGAAGAAGCUCUUAAAAAAGCCUCCGAAAGAAAAGACUCGAGUCAUGAGACCUCACGGUCUGUCAUUAGAAAUGUGGCCAAACUAAAUAGAGUGUUAGAAAAUCAUCCACCAUCCAUUGACGAAUCUCCCGAAAUUGAACAAAAAAAUAACCUUAAAAAAACUGAAUCGCUAGACAGUGGAAUAUUAAAGAGCAAUAAAACUCUGGACCAAAUAAGUAACAGUUCGGACGGCUCCCAAUGCAGCCGUCAUCAACACAAUGGCGGAGCUCUGUCGGCGGCGGAGCAGCAGAUGCUCACAUCCUUGUACGACAUAAAACUCGAGUUUAAGGAAGAGAUGGAGAUUAUGCACCAGAAAAUGAACAGAAUAGACGAACAAGUGUCAGAAAUCCUCCGCAUGUUCUCCCCUACGGCCUCCCAGUGUUCCUCACAAUCCACUUCCUGUGUGUGCCCGCAUGGAUGCUCCUCCAAGUUCACGUCCCCACAAAACACGACAACCAAUAGUGUUGAACAUUCCCCAAAAACGUCAGUGUCCUCGUCUCCUCGGCGUAGCUCGAACGAGGAGGUAACAACCUCCAGUGUUCAGCAAUCUGACCUUGCAAACAUGUGCGACGAUGUGAUUAACAUGGACAUCAGGCAUGCAAUAGUGCAUGAUUUUGAACGGCCUAAGAAAGUCCUGAACCAAGCGCUCGAGAAAGUUAAAUCGCCAAAAAGAAACGCAAUCAAGCAUUCCCAAUCUUCCUCUACAUCUAAUUCACCCCAACCUUCAGAAUCACACACGAAACCAAAUAAAACAAAGACUAACCGUGUGUCUCCGGAAAACCCGCCGCCUUCCGGAAAGACAGCCAGAAAAACUAGAUUAAGUCAGGAUGUGGAUAGAACGAGUCCAAAUUAUGUCGAGGGACCAAUAACAACACGAGAUAUAGAUGUUCCCAUUAAGGACCAGGACCUAGAAUUACUGUGAUUGGAAUGGGUCGCUUUACUGUGAUAUUUAAGUUUGUUGAUUGUUGAUGGGUACAUUCUAGUCAUGUGUUUGCAUUUUGUAAAUAGUUUCACAUAUUUUACACUUUACUAUUUAUUCAUUUACACUACUUUUUACAAGCACAAGCAUGAGCACAUGUCGUGAUGUAGUAUACAUUCCACUUGACUUACUAUAUUCCUCUCAAAACCGAUCCAUUAGUUGUUCCCUUCACCAUCUAGCAGUCAUCAUCUGUUUGCAUCCAAUACUCAAGUUUGUGAAUGUUGAGUGCCUGGUGACACCAUGUUAUUAUGGUAUCAUUUGAAAGAGUUUUAUUUGCGGAAAACACAAAAUUAUACAAGAAACAAGCUGUU